ACAGAAAGCAAACACCUCGAAAACCGCCACCAAACACCCCAAACUAUCCCACCCCACCCCACCCCGACCCGGCAGACAGAGCAGGAGGCUGGCCCUCGCCCUAGUCACCUUGCCCCGUUAAUCCAUGCCAGGCCCUAUGGGCCGGCGUUGUAAUUAUUAUUAUUAUUAUGACCACGUGGGGAACGUGCAGAUGCAGGAGGCGGCGGGUGUGGGUGACGCAGCGGCUGCCGCUGAUGUGCAGGGGUUUGAGUGGGCGCAGCUGGGCCACGACACGCUUGGUGGCCGCCUCCUCGCCUACCUCCGUGACCAGGGCGCCACCAUACCGGACUGGGCCGUCUGCCGCGUGCCGGCCGGCCGUAUCGCCGUCCUGGCACAGCUGCACGACGAGUUCACUGGCUGGUGGCGCCUAUACUCAGCCCAGCCUGCAGACACGCCCCUGCCUUCCGACGUGACGGAGCAGCUGGAUGACGCCGCGCAGCAGGUGCAGACGGCCUACAUGGACUACGUGCUCCUAGACGCCCGCACCCUGCGGUCCGCUAAGCGUGGGCCGGCGGACCCCGGCGGGGCCAGCGGGCCCAGCCGCCGGCAACGCCAGCACCGCAGCCGCAGUACCUCCAGCCUCAUGAGCCUGGGCAGCGCUCCAUUGCACCCCGGCGGCGCCAGCUCAGGUGCCCCGCAACUUGCCAGCCUCCUCGCCCAGUUCAGUCUGGUGGACCCUUGGGCGAGCAAGCGUGGCGGCGCCAAGGGCUACACGCAUCCGGCCACGCCCAAGCCGGCCUCUCCCGCACGCCUGGAUCAGUGGUAUGUCAGUUCCACCGCGGCGCCGUGGGUGCUGGAUGUCGCACGCACGUAUGGGGCGCCUGGGGACCACAACGGUGUGCUGCUCACCCUGUCCUUGCCCGACCUGCCACAUGCGCACCGGGAGCAGUGGCGCUUCCCCACAUACCUGCUGUUUCACCCCUCGCUGCGUCUGGAGCUCGAGCAGCGCUUGGAGGCGCACGUUGCCGCAAAUCCUGUGACCAGUACAGACCCGGGAGGGCUGCAUGGCGUGGUGCUGGCCGCAGACGCGGCCGCUGCCCUGGCCGACCGGCCGGGAGCCAGCGCCGCGCAGCGUCAGGCUGCGGCCAUGGCCAACUUGGCGGUGCGGGAGGAGCGGGCAGCUGCCGCAGCGGCCAGCCACAAUGCCCGCGCUGCACUGAUGAAGGAGCAUGGGGAGCGGGGCACUCGCUGGUUCCAUCGGCAGGCUGACGAGCCAGCAGCCGGCGCGCAGGAGCCCAUCACGCACUUGAAGGUGCCGGGGCAACCGGCGCCUGUGGCGCUCACGGGGCCGGGCACGCGCAACACUGUCUCCGCAGCCGCUGCAGCCAUGUACAGCAGCACCAGCCCCACCGGCCUGUUCCGCGUGCAGCCGGUCUGUACGGCGUCGCAGCAACAGCUUCUGGCGGCCAUUGACCGCAAGGUUCCGGCGGAUCUGCAGGCCGCCGCAGAGGGGUCCGGUGACGGCGCCCUCAGUGAUGCCGAGCUGAUGGCAGCGCUGGCUGGCUCCGCCAAUGGUAAAGCGCCUGAGUCGGACGGGGUCCCGUACGAGGUGUACAAGGCCGUCAGCGCCCGCCUGCAGCCCGCCCUGGAUGCAGUUGUGGAUGAGCUGCAGACCGCGUUCAUCACCGGCCGCUGGAUUGGAGACAACGCGCUGUACCUCCAAGGCCUGAUCGAAUGGAUGCGCCUGGACGUGGGCGCGGACGGCACGCCACGGCAGGGUGGAGCGCUGUACUUCUUGGACAUUGAAAAGGCGUAUGACCGGGUGCACCGGCAGUGGCUGUAUGCGUCCGCGGAGGGACUUGGGUUUGGGCCGCGCAUGCUGCGCUGGAUCCGCCUGCUCACUGCCAACGGCUCUGCCCGCGUGUGUGUGAACGGGAUGCUCUCUGACGCCUUCCCAGUGCUGAACGGCUUGCCGCAGGGCAGCACCGCCUCACCACCCCUGUGGGUCAUCCAGAUGCAGCCACUGACGUCCUUUCUGCGGCGGCAGGUGGAGCAAGGGGCACUGCGCACGCCCCUGUUACCCAGCGGCGAGCAGGCGCCACCUGCUGCCCACCACGCUGACGACACGACCCUCAUGGCGCGCGACCCGGCGGUGGACGGGCCGGUCCUGAUGGCGGCAGUACAGCUGUUCUGCCGCGCGUCCAACGCCCGUGUCCAUCCGGACAAGAGCAAGGCCAUGGGCCUUGGCAGGUUUGCGCACCUGACGGGCCCUUGCCCACACACGGGGGUGCCGUUUACCACUGGCGCCGUGACGCACCUGGGUGUGCCCCUGUCGUGGGACUCGGAUGCCCCCGCCGGGCAGGAUCAGGAGCAGACCGCUGUGAUGCGGCGGUACUUGGCCGAGCUGGCGGACCUCAAUCUCCAGCGGCAACGGCGGUUACAGCAACAGCAACAGCAGCAGCAGCAGCUGCAGCGCCAGGGGCAGUCGCCCAGGCCCCGGACCGGCUCCCAGGUUGUGGUCCUGGCCACGCUGGGGGGGCAGGACGGGGCGGGCGGUGGCCCUGGCGUGGCGGCGUCACGGCGUGGGCAACGUGUUGACAUAGUUGACCACGUGGGGGACGUGCAGAUGCAGGAGGCGGCGGGUGUGGGUGACGCAGCGGCUGCCGCUGAUGUGCAGGGGUUUGAGUGGGCGCAGCUGGGCCACGACACGCUUGGUGGCCGCCUCCUCGCCUACCUCCGUGACCAGGGCGCCACCAUACCGGACUGGGCCGUCUGCCGCGUGCCGGCCGGCCGUAUCGCCGUCCUGGCACAGCUGCACGACGAGUUCACUGGCUGGUGGCGCCUAUACUCAGCCCAGCCUGCAGACACGCCCCUGCCUUCCGACGUGACGGAGCAGCUGGAUGACGCCGCGCAGCAGGUGCAGACGGCCUACAUGGACUACGUUUUUUUUUUUUGAGGAAUCAUCCGUACAAGGUUGA